UCUCGGCCGGGCCUGGCGGCUCCCCCUGUGGCCACCCUGGCGCUGCGCUCCAUGGAUGGCGUUUUCCUGUCGCCCAGCGAGGAUGAGUUCGUGGGCAGGAUCUCGGAGGAGCUGCAGCAUUUCAUGGAGCAGGGGCAGCACCAGCGAGUGCUGCUCUUCCCACCCCUGUCCAGCCGCCUCAGGUACCUGAUCCAUCGCACCGUGGAAAACAUGGAAUUGUUGAGCAGCUUCUCGGUGGGAGAGGGCUGGAGGAGGAGGACAGUCAUUUGUCACUCGGCUGUCAGGCUUCCCAAGGAGACCUCGAGUGACCAAAAGCCCGGGGCCAACCCCGCCCGUUCCCAGCGCCCGGCGCAGCCGUGGGGCCGGGGGGGCCGGGGGGGUCCCCGGCUCCGCCACCCUGGGGACAUCCACGGCGACAAUUCCCGCAGCUCCGUGGGCUCGGGCAGGAUCGUCAGGCCGCCCAGGAAGAGGCCGGACAAAGCCCUGUUCGUGUCCAAAGGGAUCCGGAAAAAAGCGAAUUGGAGGGAGAGGGAGAGCCCCGGGGAGGGGGAUGCGGCUCCGCGAGGUGAGAACUGCCCCAAAAAUCCCGCGGGGCACGGCCAGGGCGAGCCUGGAGGGAGGCGGCAGGAGGCUGAGGAAGAGGAGGAGGAUGCAGCAAAAGGCAGCGCUGAGCAUCCUGUGCGUGGUGAGAAGGUGCCUCCCGUCGGGAAUAGCGAGCAGGAAAACCGGGACAGAGACUUUUCCCAUCCCCACGAGCAACUCCCGGCCGAGGCACCAGGAGGUGCCGGCACCGUCACCGCGCAAUUCCAGCGCCGGGAAAACCAACCCGGCCACAAUUCCAGAGGCUCGGAGCGUGGGGAAAGCUCCUCCCCUUUGGAGAAGCACAGCUGGCCACAGCUGGCUGCGGCAGAGUCCCCACAGCUGGAAAACCAAAGCCUGGAGAGCGACGGGAACAAAUCCUCACCUGCACUGCAGGAUCCCAGCGGCGCUGCCCAGAGCUUUCCCAAGCUGGAAAAACAAGAGCAGGGGGAGCAAAAAACCCUUGGGAAUGUUCUGGAAGGGCCAGGGGAGGCUCUGGCUGCUCCCGGGGGUGAUCCCGGCGCUCCCGAGAAGAUCCAGCACAGGGAGGAGCCCCAGGAGGAAGAGGAGGACAAGGAGCGCUGGGAUGUGGCCGAGGCUCUGGGCAGGAGCCUGGGUUUGGCUGCAGGGGACACGGAGGGGACGGGGCAGAGCGGCCUCCGGGAUGAGGGCACGGCAGAGCUGCUGGCAGAGAUCGUUGGGAAUUUGACAGUGAAGGACAUCAGCAUCGAGAGGAUCAGUGUGGAUUAUUCCAGCUAUGGGGAGGCCCAGCUCAGUGAGGGGGACUUGGGUCACAUCACUGAGAUCUACGACUUCCCCUCGUCCCUGAAAACCGAGGACCUGAUGGAAAUGUUCUCGGAUUUCCAUGAGAGUGGCUUCAAAAUCCAGUGGGUGGAUGAGACCCACGCCCUGGGAAUCUUCUCCAGCCUCUCCACAGCCUCCCAGGCCCUGGCCCGUCGCUAUCCGUGUCUCCGGAUCCGGCCCCUGCUCCACGCCACCCCACAGGCCAAGCUCAAGGCUCUGCACAGGCACAGUAAGGCAAAAUUCCUUAAAAUUCCUUAA